AUGUCGUCUCUUCAAAAAGAUUUAUUCAACAAAAGUGCAGCCAGUAAAUUACCACCAUAUCUUCCGCGUGAAGGAGACGACCAUGAGGAAGUAAUAGAAGAAGAGGAUACUUUUGAUGCUAAUUCAAUUGCAAAAAAAGUUUACGAAACACCCGCAACAAAAGAUAAUACUGGUCCGAUAUUUGUGCUACACCAUGGUGCAGGCUACUCGGGGCUUUCGUUCGCACUUUGCGCGUCAAAUAUUAGACGGGAAAUGGAAGGCACAGCAUCGAUAUUAGCUUAUGAUUGUCGUGGGCAUGGAUUUACGCGUACUUCAGAUGACACUAAUCUCUCGUUAGAUCGAUUAUCUGAAGAUUUAGUGAAUGUGGUGAAUCUAGUGUAUAGCAAAGAGGAAUUGAAGAAGCAUGAUAUUUUCUUGAUUGGCCAUAGUAUGGGUGGGUGUGUAGUUGCGCAUGCUGCUUCAAAACGUUUAUUACCAUCUGUAACUUGUGUUGCUGUCUUAGAUGUAGUUGAGGGAUCGGCAAUGGAAGCACUAUCAGGAAUGCACGAUUACUUGAGAAAUCGGCCGGACGAAUUCCGAUCCGUAGAACAUGCUAUAGAGUGGAACGUAAAAUCCGGCACCAUUCAUAAUCUAGCUUCUGCCAAAAUAUCUGUCCCGUCAUUGGUGAUUGAAGAGAUAGAUCAAAGUGGCGCAAAGAAGUAUGUGUGGAGGACAAAACUUGAGGCUACGCAGCAGUAUUGGGAAGAAUGGUUUAAGGGAAUGUCGGAAAAAUUCUUAUCUGCAAACGCAGCAAAGUUACUUAUAUUGGCCGGCACUGAUCGGUUAGACAAGCCUCUGACCAUAGCUCAAAUGCAAGGAAAAUAUCAACUUCAUGUAAUGCCCGAAGCAGGUCAUAUGUUACAAGAGGAUGCACCUGAUAGGACUGCUACAGCGUUAGUUGAUUUCUUCACAAGAAACGAGAGACUUGUAUUGCCAGUGAAAAAAUUGACUUUAUGA